CCACGCUGACUAGAUAAGACCAUGACUCGUCUAACCAAAAGGAGGCAGUCAGACUCACAAGUGGUCCAGCGACUCUGGAAUGCCAUUGAAGUCAUCCGCAAUCAGAAGCAAAUUGCAAACUUCGACAGGAUAACAAAGUUCAUGUCGCGCCUUCACAGUAUGCACCCAAAGGACGCCAAUCGACAGCUGAGCCUUGCAGUAAAAGACGGCCUGAUUGUUGAGACACUGACUGUGGGUUGUAAGGGUUCAAAGGCAGGAAUCGAGCAAGAAGGAUAUUGGUUACCCGGGGACGAGAUUGAUUGGGAAGUAGAAAACCACGACUGGUAUUGCAUGGAGUGUCAUAUGGCAGGAGAGGUCUUGACUUGCGACUCUUGCUUUCGUGUCUAUCACCCAAAAUGUCUCCCGGAUGAAGUCAGGCCACAGGACAGCAGUUCGCAUUGGCAGUGCCAAAUAUGCAAAAGCAUGAAGAAGAAAAACACAGGCAAACAAGCUAUGAGAUCAUAUUUGGGAUACAUUGUUUCUCGCAUGAAGGAGAGGGCUACAGAACUUGGUAAAAAAGGAAAGGAGAGUAAACACCCCAUGUAUAGAAGAUUGGUGCACACACCUAUGGAUGUUACCACCAUACAAGAGAAAGUGAGUGAAAACAAGUACAAAAGUUUUGAGGAGUUUAAAGCUGAUGCCCAGUUGCUUCUUCACAACACCAUACUUUUCUAUGGAGCUGAGAGUGACCAGGCAGAAGUAGCCAGGGCUCUCUUCAAAGAUACUUGUCACGAGUUAGCAGAGCUUCAGCUGUGCAAGAAUUGUUUCUACUUGUCAAAUGCACGACCAGAGAACUGGUUUUGCUACCCUUGUGUUCCCAAUCAUGAGUUGGUGUGGGCUCGGAUGAAAGGCUUUGGGUUUUGGCCUGCCAAAGUCAUGCAACGUUCCGGAAAUCAGGUGGACGUACGCUUCUUUGGACACCAUCAUCAGAGGGCCUGGAUUCCAUCAGAGAACAUCCAGGACAUUAAUGUUAACGUUCACCAGCUGGCAGUAAAGCGGAGUCUAGGAUGGAAGAAGGCAUGCGAUGAGCUUCAGCUACACCAGCGCUUUGUCCACGAAGGACGAUUCUGGAAGAGUAGAGCGGAGGAUCGAAUUGAGGAAGAAGCAGAAUCCAGCAUCUCUUCCACCAGUAACGAACAGCAAAAGAGUACACAAGAACCCAAGAACAAGAAGUCCAGACGCAGUCAACAUUCGGAAGCCAAAGAUGAGGAACCAGAACCUGAAAUUGAGGCUGUCAGUUCCAGCCAAGAAAUACCUACAGUGCCACCCCAACCUGAGAAGCUUUCUGUUGCAACCCAAACCAAGAAGUCAAGUGCCUCCUCACCGAGAAUGUUACACCGGGGCACCCAGACCAACAACGACAUCCCCUGUCAAAACAUGUGCCACGAAAAGUACACCAAAAUUUUUAACGAUUUUAAGGAGCGGAUGAAAGCGGAACACAAACGAGAGACUGAACGAGUUGUGAGAGAAGCCCUCGAAAAGCUGCGCAGCGAGAUGGAGGAAGAGAAGCGCCAAGCGGUGAGCAAGACUGUGGUCAACAUGCAGGCUGAGAUGGACAGAAAGUAUAAGCAAGUGAAGGAGAAGUGCAAAGAAGAGUUCAUGGAAGAGAUUAAAAAACUGGCUUCACAGCACAAGCAGUUCAUCUCCCAGACCAAAAAGAAGCAGUGGUGCUACAACUGUGAGGAAGAAGCAAUGUAUCACUGCUGCUGGAACACCUCGUAUUGCUCGAUCAAAUGUCAGCAGGAGCAUUGGCACGCCGAACACAAACGGACCUGUCGCAGGAAAAGAUGAGAGCGCUCUCUUCCUCCGCAGCCAUACCAAGAAGCGGAUUGCUUCCUUUUCACAGACCGUGCUGGUUUUAUUUUGGAGCCACAUUUCUGUGAAUUUUGCUUCCCAUUUGCACCAGCAUUUUAACCUACAACGCUUAAGUUUUUUUUUCCUUUCACUAUAAUCAGUUCGCCGAUCUGUCUCGGCCUGUAAUAAUUUUAACCAGGUAACUUGUUUCGUGUUUGUUCUUUUACACCAAGUGAUUGUUUUGAUCAGUACUUCGGGACAGGGUUGACAUGACAGGUAAUAAACCUGCUUUAAAAAAAAAUUAACUUUUAAUAUUUCCCAACUCUGCUUUUUUAUAUUUUUCUUAUGUAUGCUACUUUUAUUAAAAAAAAAUGAAUGUUGAUCAUGUAUUAAAGCAGGGAAAUGGGAUUUCUAAUGAGCUGGACCUUAGAGAUGGAAUGAACAUUUAGUUCUCGUUUUGUAAUUUGCACAUUUCUUUUUUUCCUAACCCAAAUAAGUCCACACGCAUGUAAAAUUGCCAAAUACUACCUUUAUGUACCAGUAGGUAUGAACAGAAAAAUUACAGUGAAUUUUGCUUUCUGCAUCAGUGUUCACUGAAUAUCUUGUGUAGCUGUCCGUCUUGCAGUUGACUUUGUAUAAAAUAAAUAAAACGAAGCACUUAGUUUUUCUCAGCAGCCGUUAGGUUUUGGAUUGUAAUUAGCUGUUGCUGCCUGUUUGCUUACAGUCCUUCUCACCGUAGACAGAAUUAAGUAACUGCAUGUCAAUCCAUUUAUAAAAGGCAUUGUGAUUGUGAUGGGUCUGUACCUUGCUGAGUGUCUGGUACAAAACACAUACCAGUAAAUGUUUGUGGUAUUGCAGAAAGUGGAAAAAAAAAUUAAAUAGAAUCAUUCCAAAGGCUGUUUAAACUUUUACUAUUAGCUGCAUGAAAGUAAGACACGUGUAACUUUGACUGUUCUGUUUCCAUGUCUCGGUGACACCAUUGCACCUUCUUCCAGUUAAGCAGUAUAAACACUCUGUUAAACAUGACUGUGGCCUGAUUUUGUUUAAAUUAUCAUUAAAUUAAUCUGUUCUGGAUCAUUUUAGACGAAAAGCAUUGAAGUGGAUUCAUCGCUAAUGCAGUUGCCAUUUGUAACUCCAUGGUGUAAGGCUUAGCCACUGCACAUUUAUCCAUUUAGUGUGGCAUCGCAUUGCAGUUCAAUUAGGACAUGGCGAAUUCUGGGCUUUUUUUAAAAAAAGUUUUUCUUACUGGCAAUAUAUUAAGUCAUCUUCUGUGUUUACAUUGGGCAAUAAAUGUAUUUCAGAAAUGUACUUUGAAUGUUUAACUUUUGGUGUUUAUUUAUAUAUAAAUAUAUAUAAUAAAAAUAAUUGGCAAGGACUAUGAAAUGUUCGUCUUCCCAUCUGGAGAGGUGGGUCUAUCUUGGUUGACAGCCCGAGAGGGUCCUGCUUGGAUUCUCCGAUAUUCUGACGGACUAAACGUUGGAAGAUGGGUUUCACAACCUUGCAUCAAAUCUUUAGUGUGAACUCCUCCAGAAUGUGGUAAACUCACAAACGUUCCUGCUUUGGCUUCUAUUUUCUAUUUUCUAUAGUUGAGUCUAAUCUUUUUUUUAAAAAAAAGGAUAACACACAUGCAUUAUACUGGCAUACGUCUCAACUCAGUUGUAACAAAUAAAAUGAAAGAUGGUG